UUGUUUCAUCAGUCAGCCACUAGGAGUGAAACGAAAAUAAGGAAAGAAAAACAUCCUGUGAUUACAAACAAACAAAUAUGGGAUUUGGAGCUAAUAAAGUUGUUUCUUAUUUUCAUGAUCAAGAUGUUGGAAAUUUUCAUUAUGGACCACUCCAUCCGAUGAAACCACAAAGGUUGGCAGUAACCCACAGCUUGGUUUUACACUAUGGAAUGUAUAAAAAAAUGCAAGUUUACAGACCUUACCGAGCAUCAGCCCAUGACAUGUGCAGGUUUCACUCAGAAGACUAUAUUGAAUUCCUACAAAGGGUUUCUCCACAAAAUAUUCAAGCAUUUAGUAAAUGUUUGGGUCAGUUUAAUGUUGGUGAUGACUGUCCUGUUUUUGAUGGACUAUUUGAUUUCUGUUCAAUGUACACUGGAGCCUCACUGGAAGGGGCCACCAAAUUAAAUCAUGGAAGCACAGACAUUGCAAUCAAUUGGUCUGGAGGACUUCACCAUGCUAAAAAAUUUGAAGCUUCUGGGUUUUGUUAUGUAAAUGAUAUAGUGAUUGCUAUAUUGGAACUUUUGAAAUAUCACCCUCGUGUUCUAUACAUUGACAUCGAUAUUCAUCACGGGGAUGGUGUUCAAGAGGCCUUUUACUUGACUGAUCGAGUGAUGACUGUUUCUUUUCACAAAUAUGGAAACUAUUUCUUUCCUGGAACAGGAGACAUGUAUGAAAUUGGAGCAGAAUGUGGUCGCUACUAUUCCGUGAACAUCCCUCUAAAAGAGGGCAUUGAUGAUCAAAGUUACCUUCAAGUUUUCAAACCAGUUAUUCAGUAUGUGAUGGAGUUUUAUCAGCCCACUGCAAUCGUUCUUCAGUGUGGAGCUGAUUCAUUAGCCAAUGAUCGGUUGGGAUGCUUCAAUCUCAGUACAAAAGGACAUGGAGAAUGUGUAAAAUUUGUAAAAGAUUUCAACGUUCCUUUGCUUGUACUUGGAGGUGGAGGAUACACUUUAAGGAAUGUUGCUAGAUGCUGGACGUACGAAACUUCGUUACUAGUUGACGAAGGCAUCAGUAACGAACUACCUUACAAUGAAUAUUUCGAGUACUUUGCUCCCGAUUUCUCGCUACAUCCCGACGUUGUAACGCGCCAAGAAAACGCGAAUAGUAAACAAUAUUUGGAAACCAUUACUAAAACUAUCCAUGAGAAUUUAAGGAUGAUAGAACACGCUCCUAGUGUAAUGAUGCAAGACGUUCCACCUGACCUUUUAAAUUUCGAGGAAGCGGAAGAGUUAGAUCCUGAUGUUCGUCUGCAUCAGCAAGAAGAGGAUAAAAGGAUAGAGCCAGAUAAUGAAUACUAUGACGGAGAGAAAGACCAAGAUAAAGAUGGCACGACAGCCGAUUCCUAAAAUUUCCAAUCCAAAUUUCACUUCGUGGAAUAAAUGCCAUCUUAAAUUGUUA